AUGAAUAGAAAAAAUAUAAGAGUUUUAAAUUCUAAAGUGACCGACUUCAGUAGGAUUAACUCUGGAAUAUCAAGCAAAAAAAAAAUUAACUUAAAUAAUUCAUCAGGUAUAAAGGUAAGCAGAUUAUUACAUGGGCAUACAUAUAAGGAUUAUGAAUAUUCAGACUUUAAUUUAAACGAUAUUUUUCAUAAAAACUAUCAAAACUCAUAUGAUUCAUUAAAGUCUAAAUAUAAUUUUGAUAGUUCCAAUGAUUCAUUAAAAUCUAGCCGUAUUUUUGCUGGUUCAAAUGAUUCAUUAUACUCUGUUUAUUACCCUGAUGAGACAAAAGGAGAAUUAAAAGAAAAACCGAUUCAAACGAAAAGUUAUAAGCUAGAAAGAAAAGAUAAGUCAUCUGGGAUAACUGACUAUUUGAUGAAACUAAAUGGAAAAUAUGAAAAAAUAUUGGGAAAACUAUUAGGCUUUGAACAUAUAGAGAUAAAUGAAUUUACUGGUAAACCUGUAGAAAAUAAGAAAGAAUUAGCUCUUAAGGUUUUUACUCCAAUUUUAUUAUUCCCCAUUAUAAGUAUUAUUAUUAUGACCAAACUUCUAGGACUUAUUAUGAAAAAUAACAUAUGGUUAAUCAUUUUUGGAUCUAUUGCAUUCAUCUCAGUAUCAAUUUUUUAUUUUAUUUUUAAAUUCUUUAAAAUUAUUAAUAAGGAUUUUAAAAAUUUCUCAAAUAGUUUAAUUGAAGAUCUAGCCCUCCAUUCCAAUAAUAAAUCAAAGAAAAACUUAUUGAAAUAUUUAAUUUGA